GUUUCUGUUGUGUUCCGUCGGCAGUAGAAGCCGCGAAAGACUGUGAUUGAAGUAGAAGUUUGUGCGUGGUUCUUAUGCCUAAUGUUUACAUCAGUGAAAUGUGAAUAAUGUGUGUCAGUUAUCGCUAGCUACAACGUAUGUGUGAAUUUGUUUUUUCCACUCGGAUGUAUUAGUGGGCCGUUACUCAUUUCGUACUUUUCCGUUGCCUGCGCCUUGUUGAUGUACUUGGUUUCUUAAUUACUGGAAACAAAUAUGGCGAAUGGGAUUCUUGUACGCCACUCUCUGGCUGUUUAUUGUUCCUGUCAUAACCGUCACCAAGCACUUCCUGCACCAGAUGGCAGCACUGGAGUGCAAUGCAAAAAAGCAGAACGCAGAGAUGCCAUGUAAAAUAUGGAAAGUCAGUGAGGAAACCUCGAGUUCCUCCCUCGACGCGCCCAGUGGCCCAGAGUUGCGUGUCACGUGCCCUCCGUUAGUGCAGUACCUCUGGGAUUUUGUUUCCACACACAAAGUACUAUUAGAAUAUGGCCCAAAUUCUGCUUUGUUUCCUGAACGCGAUAAAAGUACGCUAAGAAUGCAGAGGAAGCCCGUAUUAUUAAUAAUUUGUGAAAUAUGCUGUCUCCAUAUAUGGGGUUACCUCCAGCCCUGAAGAUGGAGACAGUUUAUUUGUACGAAACGUUGGUAUCCAAUGAAUAUGAAACAGGAAUGCUAACCACUUGACUUAGACUUUUGGUCUGGUCGGUUCGUGUCAUUUUGUGGACUUCUAAACGUUAUUCCGGCUAUUUUUGAAAUAACUAUUGACAACUACUGUGCUUUAAAAUGUGAACAUUUCUUCGUCAGAUGACGUUUUAUUGUGGAACUCCCGAAUUUUUUUUUUAAGUAUUUAUAGAAAAGACAAAUAUCUCGUGCAUAGAUGUAAGUUGCUUAAUUUGUGUCGAUACAAGUGGCAGCAUUUGUGUCCAGAUGUAAACACUUCCCUUAAGAAUGGGGAACGUUACGAUAAACUAUAUCGACAUUCCCCGUGCUAUAGCGGCAACUUCUCGUACAUCGUUGUCUUGCGCGUAGGUCUCAAUGAGGAUCAAGGGGUUCUGAGUUUCGAGUCACGCUAAAUUUUUUGUUUUCGUAAAUAGCAAGAACGUGUCUUCAUAACUCUAGGCGGUACAGAAAACCUUUAGCGUGUUUGUAGUUACUAAAUAAAUAUGUCUAACAAAACUAAAUAAGAAACAAUAAUUGCAACAAUAAUUUUCUGAACAUGUCAAAACUUUCCAUAUUGUAUUGCUGGUAUCUUGUAUUUAAAAUCUAAAUGUUGGGUUUUUGUGUGUGUGUUUGUAUGAAUGCAUGUAAGGUUUUGGGUAAUAAAGAAGUGUAAAGAUCUGUCGAAUUUCCCUGCACUGUGAACACUUCUAGUAUCUGAUAUGCUAAAUUUCUCGUAAUAAAACUUUAACUGCUUGUAAACGAGUAUUAUUUCUUCACAGAACAUUCCUUGUGACCACAAAAUUGUCUUACAUCCUCAUGUUUCUAGAUAUAUAUUAGGAAGGGAUGCAUAUGUCGGAGUUGUAAGAUGCUUUGCUAACACCACAUUAACUUUUCCCCAGUGCAAAUACGUAUGUUUCAUGGCAAGUGCUCUCUGAACGUGUAUAUGAACUGCGCAUGUGCAAAGUAUCACUGCUAGCAGUUACUCAGACUGAAGAAUAUUUAGGCCUGGGAUCUUUGAAUUUGUCGGCCAUCUUGCGAAUUUAGUCUCAAUAUACUUCGACACAGUAAUUUUCGAGAGUGUCUGUGUUGACCUACAGAAGUUCGAUCCGCGUGGAUUUCGA